GCUUCAACCGACGAGGUAGAGAUCAGACGAGAACAUGCAGAUCAGUGCAGCAGUCAUGAGGAGCCUGGCCAUGGUAGCAAUCAUUGCUUUAUCCAUCUACACUCCAACAGGCGCUGAGAAAGUCAGUCCAUGCUGUGUCGCUGUCUCAAGAUCCAGGGUUGUGGAGCCCAUCCUAGACUUCAAGCUUCAGAAGAAGGACGCUCCAUGCGUUGGCGCUAUCAUCUUUGUGACGGCAAAGAAACAGUACUGCAUUGAUCCAAGACAGUCCUGGGCACAAAAGACAGUUAAAGAUAUGGUGCAGAGCAGGAAAAACGCAACUGUGACUCCAACUUCAUUGUCUCCUCGCCUGACAUCCACCGUGCCACAGAACUCCACCAACAGCAAUUCAAUCCUCAAAAGAAUUUUAUUAAGAUAGACUUCUCAUCCUAUUCCUAUUUCUAUUCCCUUUUAAGAAGUGCUUCCCAUCUCUAAAACUCUAAACCCAAGUUUCAUCCAGUUCUGUAUCUGUUGCAAUACUACUCAUUUAAUAUAUAUAUGUGUCAAAUGUUAAAAAUGGAGUAAUUUAUGCUUUCCUUUUAUUUAUUGUUUGUAUGCAAAUGCUGUUUGGCCUGUAAAGCAAUGUGUAUUUAUUAGAACAUUAUAGAACAAAUGUUAUUUUAUAUUUAUAACCUUUAAAAUGUGCUAUGUAUCUACCCUAAUUUAUUUAACUGUGCUGAAAAUGUUGAAAAAUGUCUAUUGAAAGACAAUAAAUCAAUCUUAUUAACUUAA